UCCUCCCUCCAUGACACCCCUGGCUCCGUGACGUCACGUGACUCCGAGCUCCGCUCCGCUGGACCAGCCGCGGCUGGUAACUCAGCGAGUUGUGUGACCGGAUGAGACCGUGUUGUGUGUGUGGACUUAAGGACGGUACGGAGGACUGUACGUGCUCCUGACUGUGGUCGGCAUGAUGAAGGAUCCGCUAUUACCGGGCACCGCCGCUGUCCUGCCUGGCGCCUCUCUCCAGAAAGCCUGCAAGUUCUUGGUGCUCUUCUGCGCCUUUCACCUCAGUAUUACCCUGGUCUACUACAUGUUCGGCCGGGAGACCACCUACUACACCGAGCAGCUCAGGUACGGGCACAGAGCCAACUCUUCUACCGGCCCCCUCGUCUCUGUCCUGGCUACAGCCGAGCAGAAUGCCACGCCGGAGCCCUCCAGCACCGAGCCGUGCCCAGACACCUCGCCCCUCUUAGUGGGCCCUCUAAGGAUAGAGUUUUCAAUAUCUGUGGAUCUGGAAGAAGUGAGAAGGACCAACCCAAAUGUGAUGGAAGGUGGUCGAUACAAGCCAAAGAACUGCAAGGCACUGCAGAAAGUAGCCUUUAUUAUACCAUUUAGAAACCGGGAUGAACAUCUCAAGUACUGGCUACACUACCUGCACCCCAUUUUGCAGCGGCAGCAACUUGAUUACGGUGUCUAUGUCAUAAAUCAGGAUGGAGAUGCAACUUUUAAUCGUGCUAAACUGCUGAACAUUGGCUAUGUGGAAGCUUUGAAAGAAUAUGAUUAUAACUGCUUUGUAUUUAGCGAUGUCGAUCUUAUCCCUAUGGAUGACAGAAACAUCUACAAGUGUUACAGCCAGCCCAGACACUUGUCUGUAUCUAUGGAUAAAUUUGGGUUCAGUUUACCAUACAACCAGUAUUUUGGAGGUGUGUCUGCCUUAAGCAAAGAACAGUUUGAAAAAAUCAAUGGAUUUCCCAACAAUUACUGGGGAUGGGGUGGAGAAGAUGAUGACAUAUAUAACAGGAUUGUUUCACGGGGCAUGUCAAUAUCACGGCCUGAUGCUGUUACAGGAAAAUGCAGAAUGAUACGUCAUGAGAGAGAUGCAAAGAAUGAUCCAAAUCCUAAAAGGUUUGAUCUGAUUUCCCAUACAAGACAAACCAUGAAUUCUGAUGGAAUAAAUUCUCUUAAAUACAGCGUCACCAAGAUUGAAAAGUUUCCUUUGUACACAAAAAUAACAGUUGAUGUUGGGAAUCCACCAAGCUAACGCAUUUUCGGUUUGGCCAAGCAACUUUCACGAACUGGUCUCACCGUGCUGGUAUGGUGGCAACUCAUAUUAACAUUAAAGUUUUGUUUUUUUAUAGAAGUUUUACAGAUUUGCAUAUCCACUAUAUUUGGCACAUGCAGAUUAUUUUAUGUGACCGCUUCAGAAAGCCAUGCAAAGAAAGAAAAAAAACAAAAAAACAUUUAUUUCAGGUUAAAUUUGUUGAAAUGGAAUUUGAAUGCAUCCCUGGUAUACCGCUGCUAUGUAAUUUCUAUGUUUACAAGUGUAGAUGCCUUAUCUUCCAGUGAUGGCCUUUCCAACAGGACAAGCCCUGUGAGCCAAAGUAUCUUCAAGCACCUUUGAAGGUUUCCAUAUGAAAGGCCGUUGUUACCAGCAAUAAAAUAUUUAUAGUCUGUUUGUCAUUUAUUACACAUAUAUUUUUCAUGCCUUGUUACAUCUAUGGAGAAUCAUUUGACAACAUGCUGUUUAAUAAAAAUGCUGCAUGUUAAGCCUCCGUACAGUUGUAUCAACUGAGGCAUUACGUGGCUUGUAAGUUAAUAUUUUUUUCCUUUGGAACCUCUUUGUAUGUAUGUUGUGAUAAACAAAAAUUGACAUAAUUGACAAUGCAGCUGUCUUUUUAGCUGUUCUGCUUUCCAAAGAUAAUUAUUUUACGUCACUGUCUUAUGCAUUUGUGACAAUUUUGUAACAAAGACUUUUCGUAUCAGACCAACAGCCGACAACAGGCUCUGAGCUUUAAAGCAAUUAUGUGAAUGCGUUCUCAGGCGUCAAUGUUUUAUAAAAAGGUUUGACUAUUGUACUCAUUGGAUUGGAAAAAUAAUCUAUGUACAGAAGUAAAUUGUAGGCUCUGUUGGUGUUUUCUUCAUCGCCCAUUUUGUGUAUGCACCUAAUAUUGAAAUGGGUAUUUACCAUGUAUUUAUUUGGCAGUAGUUUUAAAUCUAUUUCCAUUCUUAUAAUAAUUCAAGUUCAUAUUCCUCAUGUUGCUUCGUCUUCUUAAAUUAUACCUUAUAAAAUCUCCGGGAAUUUAUUAUUUUUAAUUUCUACAGACUAUUUCAUGCGCUUUAUCCUGUUGUAUGCAGGUUGUAGAUACGGGAGACAGAUUGUGGGAAAGAGCUUUGUUUAGGAAAAAUAAGCAAUGAGGGGAAUUAACAUUGCAUACGGGUUUAAAUCUGUACAAAAGCCAUAGCAAACAGUGUGUCAUUUGCCUACAUUGUUUAAGUUGCACUAAUAAAACCUUUAUUAUUUGAUUGGAUGCUAUGGAUUUUGUAUGAAGUUACAACAGAAAGCAAUGUUGGUGAUCCAGUUUGUCUUAUAUUAGCAUAGUGAAAUCCACUAGAAGCUGUGUCUGUGUAUGGGUGUUCAGCAUAUUCCUGUGGGAAUGACAAAUUCAGGUUGUGAAAAAUAAACCAAUAUUAUUUUUUCUGUAAUCAAUAAAACUUGCACACAAAUGUUUACUAUCAAUAAUGUAUCUGUGAACUGUAUAUUGAGAAGCAUAUUUUUAUAUGAAGUUGUACAAUAAAUUUGAACCCACUCUCUA